UGGCAAUUAGACGAGAAGAUCCUCGCUCUUGUCUCUAAAGACGGGAAAGGGCAAGGAUGGUGGAGGCUUUCUGUGCUACCUGGAAACUGACCGACAGUCAGAACUUUGAUGAGUACAUGAAGGCUCUAGGUGUGGGCUUUGCCACUAGGCAGGUGGGAAAUGUGACCAAACCAACGGUAAUUAUCAGUCAGGAAGGAGACAAAGUGGUCAUCAGGACUCUCAGCACAUUCAAGAACACGGAGAUUAGUUUCCACCUGGGAGAAGAGUUUGAUGAAACCACUGCGGAUGACAGAAACUGUAAGUCUGUUGUUAGCCUGGAUGGAGACAAACUUGUUCACGUACAGAAAUGGGAUGGCAAAGAAACAAAUUUUGUAAGAGAAAUUAAGGAUGGCAAAAUGGUUAUGACCCUUACUUUUGGUGAUGUGGUUGCUGUUCGCCACUAUGAGAAGGCAUAAAAAAGCUCCUGGUCUGGGCUUAGAAGGGUGCUUCAGUUUUGAUGUUUACUCAAGUCUCAGUGCUAUCCUAUUACAGCACAGCUGAUCAUUAAUUAGAUGGUUAUCCUUGGUGUGGAGGUGGAAAAUGCUGAUUUAAAAGUUUGUUACUCCAAGCAACUA